CUAUAACUAAAGGUUUAUAGUAUAUUAAUUUAAUUUACUUUUGUUAUUAUUAUUUUAUUUUUUAAUAUCUCCUAUAUAUUCUCUUCUUACCUCCUUUACCACAUCUUUUGACUAUCUUCACUUUCUUAAGUUCCAUUCAGUCAUUCGCCCCCUCCUUCUCUUCUCUUCUUCCUCUCACUUUCUCUCUCUCUCUCACACAGUCGCACACUAGACCAUCUUUCUCUCUCUUCAAUCAGAUGGAAGCAAAAGAGCUGAAACCUUAGCAAGAAAAAAAAACACACUUGAAAAAAAAAACAGGGGAAAGAGAAAAAAACAGAAAAUUAUGAAGACGAAAGCUGAUUGUAGUAGUGAUCUUUUCAUCAAUCACAAACCUUUGAAAGUUCAUUCUAGCUUCUGUCACUGUUAUUGUUAUCUUCAUCAAUUGUUCGUAUUUUCCAUAGCCCUUUUCUUCUUCCUAUGUUCUUGUUGUUGUUCACAAGCUUCAGCAGCAGGUUCUUCUUCUUCUUCUUCUUCUUCUUCUUCCAUUGAUGGUUUGAUAAAGGAUUCACAGCAGCUUCUAUCUUUCAAGGCUUCUCUCCCUGGUCCCACACAGCUUCAGCUUCAGAACUGGUUGCCUGGCAGCAGCCCCUGUAAUUUCACCGGUGUUUCAUGCAAGAACAACAGAGUUUCCUCCAUAGAUCUCACCAGUAUUCCUCUCAGUGUAGACUUCAGCUUAAUCUCUUCUUCCUUGGUAGCCCUUCAGAGUUUGGAGUUUUUAGUCCUCAAGAGAACUAACCUCAGUGGUUCACUGUUUUCAAUGUCAAGAUCUCAAUGUGGUGGAUUUCUUGGCUCUGUAGAUCUUGCUGAAAACAGCAUUUCCGGCCCUGUUUCUGAUAUCCUCAGCUUUGGUGUUUGCUCUGGCAUUCUGUCCCUUAAUCUCUCCAAGAACUCCAUGGACCCGUCUGUGAAGGAAGGUGCUAAUACUAAAGUUUCAAACUUUCCACUCCAAGUUCUUGAUCUUUCUUACAACAAUCUCUCCGGUCAACAUGGGAUUCCAUGGUUGUUGUCCAAUCAGUUUCCUGAGCUUCAACACUUGUCUUUGAAGGGUAAUAAGUUGGCUGGUGAUAUUCCUGUUCUGGAUUUCUCUAACUUGUCAUAUUUGGAUCUUUCCAUGAACAAUUUCUCCUCUGGGUUUCCUUCAUUCAAGGACUGUUCUAGCUUGCAGCACCUGGAUUUGUCCUCGAACAAGUUUUCUGGUGAUGUGGGCAGUUCUCUUUCUUCAUGUGGGAAGCUUAGUUUUCUCAAUCUCACCAUUAACAAGUUCUCUGGCACAGUUCCUAAGUUUCCUGGUGGGAUUCAGUUCCUGUACUUGCAGGGGAGUGGAUUUGAAGGGGCUCUCCCAUCUUCUCUCUCUGAUUUGUGUUCAAGCUUGGUGGAGUUGGACUUGUCAUUCAAUCAUUUGUCAGGUGAUUUGCCUAAGAGCUUCAGUUCAUGCUCUGUUUUGGAGCUUCUUGAUCUUUCCAACAACAAUUUCUCCGGUGAGUUACCUGUUGAUACACUUCUGAGCAUGAGUAACUUGAAGCAUAUGCACUUUUCUUUCAAUAAUUUUGUUGGUUCUUUGCCUGAAUCAUUGACCAAUUUGGUGAGUUUGGAGACUUUGGAUGUGAGUUCCAAUAAUUUGUCCGGGAUUAUUCCUCCUGGGAUUUGUCAAGACCCUAGGAACAGCUUGAAAGUGUUGUACCUUCAGAAUAAUCUGUUCACUGGUCCAAUACCUGAGGGACUGAGUAAUUGUUCCAAAUUGGUUUCCCUUGAUCUCAGUUUCAAUGACUUGACUGGAGUAAUCCCCUCCGGGUUAGGAUCAUUAAGCCAGCUUAAGGAUUUGAUUGCUUGGUUGAAUAAACUCCAUGGUGAAAUCCCACAAGAGUUGACACGGUUGAAGAAUCUGGAGAAUUUGAUUCUUGACUUUAAUGAUUUGAAUGGGACAAUCCCUGCAAGUUUGAGCAAUUGUACGAGCUUGAAUUGGAUUUCACUGUCGAAUAAUCAGCUGACUGGUGAGAUUCCGGCUUCAUUUGGUCAGUUGGAAAAUCUGGCCAUUCUGAAACUUGGAAACAAUUCAUUAUCUGGCAGCAUUCCAGCAGAAUUAGGGGAUUGUCGUAGCUUGCUUUGGUUGGAUCUCAACUCCAAUUUCUUGAAUGGAACCAUUCCUCCUGGUCUUACCAAACAAGCUGGCAAAAUCGCCGCUGGGCUGCUCACCGGGAAGGAGUAUGGUUACAUCAAGAAUGAUGGAACGAAGCAGUGUCAUGGAGCUGGGAAUUUGCUCGAGUUUGGAGGGAUCCGCCCGGAGCAGUUGGACAGAAUUUCCACCAGGUAUCCCUGCAAUUUCUCAAGAUUGUACAGAGGGAUUACAGAACAAACGUUCAACAAUAAUGGCUCCAUGAUUUUUCUUGAUAUAUCUCAUAAUAAUUUAGAGGGCAGUAUUCCGGUGGAGCUUGGGACCUUAUUUUACCUACAAAUUCUGAAUUUGGGGUAUAAUUAUCUAUCAGGGCCUAUUCCUUCAGAGCUUGCUGGCUUGAAGAAUUUAGCCAUUCUUGAUCUGUCUUAUAAUAAACUUAGCGGGUCAAUUCCUCCAAAACUAAGCAGCCUUACAUUCCUUGGAGAGAUGGAUGUGUCGAAUAAUAAUCUGUCUGGGAGCAUUCCAGAGUCAGCUCCAUUUGAUACAUUUCCUGAAAGCAUGUUUGCCAACAACAGUGGCCUUUGUGGGUGGCCUCUACCAAAGUGUGGGACUUCGGAUGCUAAUGCAAAUCAACAUCAGAAGUCUCACCGCAGAGCAGCAUCGCUUGCAGGAAGUGUUGCAAUGGGGCUGUUAUUCUCUCUGUUCUGCAUAUUUGGCUUGAUUAUUGUGGCCGUAGAAAUGAAGAAGAGGAGAAAGAAGAAGGAGGCAGCCCUUGAAGCUUAUAUGGAUGGUCAUUCUAAUUCAGCGACCGCAAAUAGCAACUGGAAGUUAAGUGCUCGUGAAGCAUUGAGCAUUAACCUUGCUGCAUUUGAGAAGCCUCUGAGGAAGCUCACUUUUGCUGAUCUUCUUGAAGCCACAAAUGGUUUUCACAAUGACUGCCUUAUUGGUUCUGGCGGCUUUGGUGAUGUCUACAGAGCCCAGUUGAAGGAUGGUAGUGUUGUAGCCAUCAAAAAACUGAUACAUGUUAGUGGGCAGGGCGACAGAGAGUUCACUGCUGAAAUGGAAACCAUUGGGAAAAUCAAACAUCGGAAUCUUGUGCCGCUCUUGGGAUACUGCAAGGUAGGCGAAGAGCGGUUGUUAGUUUAUGAGUACAUGAAGUAUGGUAGUCUAGAAGAUGUUCUCCAUGAUAGGAAGAAAAAUGGAGUCAAGCUUGAUUGGGCUGCAAGGAGGAAAAUAGCAAUAGGAGCUGCAAGGGGGCUGGCUUUCCUCCACCACAAUUGCAUUCCCCACAUCAUUCACAGGGAUAUGAAAUCUAGCAAUGUGUUGCUGGAUGAAAAUUUGGAGGCCAGAGUUUCUGAUUUCGGGAUGGCUAGGCUUAUGAGUGCAAUGGAAACUCAUCUGAGUGUGAGCACUCUAGCAGGCACUCCUGGAUAUGUACCUCCUGAGUACUACCAGAGCUUUAGAUGCUCGACGAAAGGAGAUGUUUACAGCUAUGGUGUGGUUUUGCUGGAACUUCUGACAGGAAGGCAGCCGACAGAUUCAGCAGAUUUUGGCGAUAAUAAUCUUGUGGGAUGGGUAAAGCAGCGCGCGAAGCUGAGAGUAAGUGAUGUGUUCGAUCCAGACUUGAUGAAGGAAGAUCCAAACUUGGAGAUUGAACUUCUAGAACACUUGAAGAUCGCAUGCAUUUGCUUAGACGAUCGGCCUUGGAAGCGGCCUACCAUGAUUCAAGUGAUGGCGAUGUUCAAAGAAAUCCAAGCAGGGUCUGGACUUGAUUCAGCUUCCACAAUCGCUGCUGAUGAUGGCGGUUUUAAUGUAGUUGAAGGGGUAGAAAUGAGCAUAAAAGAAGGCAAUGAGUUGAACCACCAUUUGUGAAAAGUUCCACUAUUGUCUCAAUUCUGCAGAGAAAUUUUUUUUAGCCAAGAAACAGAAGGAGGAGCCUCCCCAAAUUUUCCCUCUUCUAUGCUACUCCAAUGGGUAUCAGUUAGCCUGCAUAUCUUUUCUUCUUCCACUCCCCAUUAUUGUAUCUACCUCUCUUUAGUCCUGCAGGAUCUCUUCAUCCAUACGUAAAAAGUUGCUUUAACUUGUAACAAUGUUGUACAUAUAUAGUUUGAACUAUCGCUUUGCGAUUUUCCUCUGCUUCCUCUGUUUUCUUUACGAUUGCUGUAGUUGAACUGAACCAAACAUCAUCAACAACGAUAGUAUCUCAUCCAUUUGAACCAAAUAUCAACAAUGCGAUCAUAAAUUCGAA